ACCUCUCAAUAGGUAGAAAGCAAAGGGUUAGAGGUACUAAUUACUGUAAGAUAAUUAAGAGCAGUGGAAAACAGAUAUGAAGCUGUUGCUAGUUUUAACUUUAAGUUUUAUAAUAAGUGCUCAUUGUGAGCAGGAUCCUGGACAAUUUCAAGAUGGUUGUGAGCGUGAUGGAAAUCUCAGACUAGUACAUAAAACUGAAGACAACUAUGGAGCAUUACAAGUCUGCAUCUAUCAACGGGAAUGGAGAUACAUCACUCCAUCAGGCUGGACACCAGCAGCUGCUAGACUGGCCUGCAGGCGACUAAACCUUGGCUAUAAUAAUUAUUAAUGCUGCAUCAGGAAGUUUGAUGUUGUCCAGCAAUGUAAACAUUUUUAAAAUACGAGAUGCUGACUGUGUUGAGGAUGCACAAGUAUUAUAUGACUGCAUUGUGUAUGGAGGGUGGGAACGUACAGCUGUGACAAUGAACUGUGUUGAUUGCACUGAUGGAGCCAUGAGACUAGUGGGUGGGUCCACAGUCAGUGAAGGCAGACUAGAGAUAUGCCACAAUGGUCAAUGGGGGACAAUAUGCAAUCAGGGAUGGACACACAGUAGAGCUGCUCAAGUGUGCAGUAGACUAGGGCUACCAACCUACAAUGCUACACUCCAUCAAUUCAUUGGAGGAGAUGGUUCAGUAUACACAUACAACUGCACAACAAUGGACAGUGAUAUUUCUAACUGUAUCCAAGAGUCAUCUUGUGCCCACUCAAUGGAUGUUGGAGUGAAGUGUCUUCCUUUCACUGAUGCUUGUGCAUAUCUACUCAAUAAAUCUAUUGCUGCUGUUAGGAAAUCAGGAGCACUCAUUGGUCUAUUGGCAGCUGCUCUAGUGGUGGUUGUAACUGGAUGGAUUGUGUCGUGUGUUUACUUUCAGAGAAAAAUAAACAAGAAAUACAAAGACCACACCCACACAACGUCUGCAUCUACGAGUGACCCCACCCUCCAACUCAACAACCCAGUGUAUGAUGGUAGCACCACUGUCCCACACACCACGUACAGCUCUCAUGGACCCUCCUAUGAGGUCAUUGACACUAACGAGGGGGCGGGACACAGCUAUGAUAUCAUCAGUCAUAGGGGUGGAGUUAGACCACACCCACCUAACACACACCCUGUGUCCAACGAGGAGUACAGUACGCUAGACACCAGCAGAGAGAAUGAGUAUCACACACUAGAGAGCAAUACUGGAGAUGGUCAAUAUUCAAUGGUUGGACACACUAGAUCACGAGGUGCCCGCCCCCCUUCAGGGGGAAGAGUACUCUACAGUAACCAUUAAUUGCAGUAAGCACACUAAAAUGUUCAGCUAUAUUUGUACAAAAGCAAAGUUUUACAGGCAAUGGUGACAGUCCUACUGAGGUCUGCCAACCGAGUACUGAACAAAAUGGUUAUGAUAAAGAGAUGACAACCAACAACAGGCAACUAUCGACAAUUACCGAAACCUCACACCCGAUUGAAGGAGCUACAAUAGAAGGACAGGAAAGCACAGUCAUGAGUACUAGUGGGACAUUAGGAGCACUCAUUGGUCUAUUAGCAGCUGCUCUAGUGGUGGUUGUCACUGGAUGGAUUGUGUCAUGUGUUUACUUUCAGGGGAAAAUAAACAAGCAACACAAUUAGAAAACGAACCUGCUAACAGAAAGAAUAGCAAACCUAUAAUUAUGGCAAUGUACAUGUACACACACACACUCCCAACCCCCCUCUCAGAGAC